GUCGGGUCGGUUGCUUUGUAAGGGAAGCUGAGGGGGCAGGAUCAGGAAAGGGGAAGGACUUGAUGCUUGUUUACAAAGAGUCCCAGCUCAGCACACACACAGACAAGAGUUGGUGCAUGAGAGAAGGAGGAGGGAAACUCCGCCGGGAAUUUCUGGGUUCGUUUCUUUGGGGGAAGUUUGUUUCCUUCAUCUACAGCCCCAAGAAAAACAACUGCACAGUGUCUACACUGAGUGACAGAGAAAGAGAGAGUGUGUAUGUGAACGCAUCGCUGUGACGAUGAGGGAAACUAUGCCCCAGACAUCAAUUUUCCCAAGCAUGCUUGGCACCAGUUGUAGUGGUCAUGUCCAGCCAGAUAUGGAGGACAAGUGUGUGGAUCCGGUGUACCAGGAUGGCAGUUUAGUUUCAGGGUCCCUUGAGGUGCUCAUUGAGCACUUGGUGCCCACUGUUGACUACUACCCCGAUCGGACGUAUAUCUUCACCUUUCUUCUGAGUUCACGUGUCUUCAUCCACCCUCAAGAGCUCCUGGCAAAAGUCGGGCAGAUCUGCACAAAGCAGCUGGAGACAGGGACUGAAGCAGACAAGGCUAAAGUGAAGGAAUUUGUCCCAAAAAUCAUCCAGCUGUUGACUGAGUGGACAGAAACAUUUCCACAUGAUUUUCAGGAUGAGAAAUCUAUGAAGGAACUCAAGGACAUUACUCAUCAGAUAGCACAGUGCGAUGAGGAAAACUCCAGUGUGAAGAAAAGCAUUAGUCAGAUGACCCAGAGUCUGAUCCGCAACCUCUCGAGCCACAGCCAGUACCAGGAGGCACGGGAGAUCAUCAAACCAUCGGUCACAGACAAGCAAACUAUCCUUAAACCCAAGACUCAGUCCAGUCAGAAGGAUAUACUGAGCGUCUGCAAUGACCCCUGUGUCUUGGCCCAGCAGCUCACCCAUAUCGAGAUGGAAAGAUUAACACACAUCACUCCAGAGGAGCUGGUGCACAUAUUUAACCACAUGGAUUCAAUGGACAAUCACAAGAGCUGUCGCAGUGACAUCAAGAAGACGUGCAAUUUGGAAGCGUGUGACAACUGGUUUAAUCGGCUCAGCUCUCUAGUCGCCACUGAGAUAUGCAGAAUUGGGAAGAAGAAACAGAGGACGCGGAUGUUGGAGUUCUUCAUUGAUGUGGCACGGGAAUGUUUUAACAUCGGAAACUUCAAUUCCCUGAUGGCUAUUAUCUCUGGAAUGAAUCUGAGUCCUGUUGCCAGACUGAAAAAAACAUGGUCCAAAGUCAAAAAGGCAAAAUUUGAAGUUUUGGAAAAUCACAUGGACCCGUCCAGCAAUUUCUCUCACUACCGGACAGCGCUUCAGGGGGCAGUGCAGAGAUCACAGACUGCACACAGCAACCGGGAGAAGAUUGUCAUUCCAGUAUUCAAUCUCUUCAUUAAAGACAUCUACUUUCUGAACAAGAUUCAUGCCAACAGACUGGCUAAUGGCCAAAUUAACUUCAAGAAAUUCUGGGAAAUUGCCAAGCAGAUCAAUGAAUUUAUGAUGUGGAAACAGGUUGAGUGUCCCUUUGAGAAGGACAAGAAGAUCAAAAACUAUCUCCUGACAGCUCCUGUUUACACAGAAGAAGCACUUUACUUGGCUUCAUUUGAGAGCGAGGGGCCAGAGAAUCACAUGGAGAAGGACAGUUGGAAGUCACUCAGGGCAACUCUGUUGAACAGGGCAUGAAGGAACCAUGUUGUACAUACUAGACACUUCAAACCAUUUGCACUGCGACAGAUUUUAGCUCCAGUUGGAUGGAAAAAAAAGAGACUUGGCACGGUCAUUGUUGCUUUAAAAUUUGUAAAUUUUGGUUUUGAUUCUGACCCUGGUCAUGACUGUACAGAGAGAGAGAGA